AUGGAUGAUAUAUCAACAAAUAAUCAUAAAAAUACAAUUGCCAAUGAUAUUGAUGAUCAACAAAUCUUAAAACGAAAUAUAUCUAAAGUACCAAUAACACUUAAUAUUCGUUAUAAAACUCAAACAUUUCCAGUUGAAUGUGAUUUAUAUGAUACAUUAAAAGAUCUUAAAGAAAAAAUUGAUAAAUUAACAGAUGUUGAUCCACAAGUACAAAAAUUAGUUAAUAAAUCAAUUACAAGUGUUAAACGUGAUGAUAUAACAACAACAUUAAAAGAUUUGAAUAUAACGGAUGGACAAACAUUAUUAUUAGUUGGUGCAACUCGAUCAGAAAUUUUAUCAACUAGUCAAGUAAAUAUUCCUUCAAGUGGAAAUAAAGAUUCGAAUGAUGAUCAUGCAUCACCAACCAAUAAAAAAGAACCAUUAUGUAAACAAACAAAACAUGAAAAAGUAUUAAAAGCUGGUAAACCAGAUAAUGUUCAAAUGGGUAUUCGUAAUAAACAUGAUCCAUUACCACAAUCAAUUGAUGGUUUACUUAUGUCAAUGUUAAGUCAUUCAGCUAAAAAAGCACGUUUAACAUUUAAACUUGAAGUUGAUGAAUUAUGGAUCAAUACAGCGGAAACAACAAAAAAAAUCCCAAUGACACAUAUACGUAAUAUUGUUGAUGAACCAAUUGAAGGUAAUGAAGGUUAUUCAAUUGUUGGCUUCCAAACUGGCACAACAGAAAAUUCGAUCAUAUGGAUCUAUUGGUGUCCAUCACAAUAUGUUAAAUCAAUUCGUCGUGAAAUUCUUUCUGAUCAUUAA